AAAACUUGUCAUUUAGACUCGGAGACUAUCUGAUAUCCUCUUACUCACGUUCCGGCGGCUGCAGGACGCUUUUCUGUUUGGGCCGGAAGCUCUGAGUAGGAGAGUGGGCACUAACGCUCCAUUUAUAGAAAAAAUGAGAAAGAUGCAUUCGAACGCGACAUUCCAAUCCCAGUUUGAAGCUAUGGAACGCGCGAUUGGAGAGAUAGAAGCUCAGGGAAAGAUCCCCGUCUUCAAAGAGCACGCGUACUGCUUGAUGUACUCGGACAUACUUCGAAACGAAGGCCGAUCGAUCGCAGCGAUUGUAGACAAAUAUCUGGAUAUUCCCGAGGCAGAGAGGGAGAACCAGGCCACUGCAGCACCUUCUUUCCCCAUUCCAAAUCCUACCUUCCUUCCAGACCGCCUAUUUGCCACAUUCACGCCCGUUUUUAUUAUCCGCCACCCAUGUCGCAUGGUUCCCUCUCUCAGACGAGCUGUACAGUCUAUAGGAGCGGUUUACCCUAACGAGGACACCGUUUUCGACACCCAGUUCAAAUGGCAGCGAAUGGUGUAUGAUUGUUACAAGGCCUGGCUCUCUACGCCAGAAGGGAUCGAAGCAGUGGGAGGAGCCUCUUUUGCGGAACAUCUCCCCGUCGUCGUAGAUGGUGAUAGACUUGUUAAUAACGCUCAAGAACAAAUGGAGUCACUGUGUCAGAUUGUGGGUCUUGACCCGUCCGGGAUUCAGUAUGAAUGGGAAGCCCAGGAAUCUGAAACUCCGGGGCAGGCUGUAUUUGUUGGGACACUUCAUAACUCGACCGGGAUCAUUAAAAGCAAAGACCGGAGUGGUGAAAGUCCAGUGUUGGAAGAGGAGGUAAAGAAAUGGACGGCUGAGUGGGACGAGAAGACGGCGGAGGUCAUGAGAUUUUGGGUCGAGAAGGCGAUGGAAGACUACGACUAUCUUUUGAAACGUAGCAUUUGA